AUGGGAACAGAAAUUCCUAGUUGGGUCGGAGAUCCCUCAUUUGCUUGCUUAACCCAGCUUACAUUACGUGGUUGUAGAAGAUGCAAAAAUUUACCAACACUUGGGCAAUUACGUUCACUUCAGAAGUUGUUCAUUGAAAGCAUGAAUGGGGUUAGGAGACUCGAUCCUGAGUUACAUGGACCUAUUAAUUCUCGUCAUGAUGUUGCAUUUGCAUCACUUAAAAUUUUGGAAUUUAAAGAUAUGCAGGGAUGGGAGCUAUGGUCAACUAUUGGUACUUACAAAGAUGGAACAGCAGAAUCUUUUCCAUGUCUUCGUGAGAUCUCUCUGACCAACUGUCCGAAUCUAGCUGUUGUGACAAUUGAAUCAAUACAGUCACUUCAGGUUUUACAUAUACAAGAAUGUUCUGUAACGGUGUUAACCAGCAUGGUCGGUGUGUCUUCUUCAUUUGUAGAAAUAUCAAUGGUCAACAUUAAAGGACUUACUCAAUUACACAGAGAAGUUUUAGAGCAUCUUGGGGCAGUUGAAUAUCUCUCCAUCAAAGGCUGUAACGAACUUAGAUACUUGUGGGAGUCAGAGUCAGAGGCAUGCAAGUAUCUUGUGAGUUUAUCAGAUCUGAGAGUAAAAUCUUGUAAGAAGCUGGUGUCGUUGGGAGAGAAAGAAAUGAAUCCGGGGUUUGCUCUGAAAGUUGCUAAAAUGGAACUUAACAAUUGCCCGAGACUCAAGACUUACAUUUGUCCAAGUAGCAUUGAAAAUUUGGUUAUAUACAGUUGUGGUUCAAUUGUAGCAUUGACCUUUCCAACUGUGCAAGAUCCCCCAUCCACAUUGAAGAUUCUUAACAUUAGCUAUUUCAAUAAUCUGGAGGUUAGCUGUCUGCUCAGCAACUUCUUAUCGUCACUUAGAUAUCUUUCCGUGUUUAGGGUGCCUAAUCUUCUUUCAUUUCCUGAAGGAUGCUUAAUUCAUCUCACCAAACUGACAAUUUCCAGUUGUGAUAACAUAGAAUCCAUUCCUGAUAAAGGCUAUGGUUUUCUUCCCCUUCUAUGCCUAAGAUAUCUUGAGAUCAAUAAAUGCAAGAAUCUAAAAUCUUUUCCAUAUGAGCAUUUGCAAAGUCUAACUUAUUUGGAAGAGCUGUGGGUAAGAGAUUGUCCACGUUUGGACUCGUUUCCUUGUAGGUCGUGGCCUCCUGCCUUAAGAGUCCUAACAAUAGGGGGAUUAAUGAAGCCGAUUUCAGAGUGGGGGAUGCAAAAUUGCCCAACUUCACUGGUCAAAUUACAUUUAUAUGGUAAAAAUUCAGGAGCGGUUCCAUUUGCAAAGGCAGAAGACGUGACGAAUAGCGAAUCUAUGGCUUUAUCGCCAUUUAUUCUUCCCCCGUCUCUAACUUUUCUACAACUACAUGGUUUUAUGGAACUGGUAUCAGUGUCAGAGGGUCUACAGCACCUCACUUGCCUUGAGCAACUUCUUAUUCGGUCAUGCCCGAAGCUUAAAGAUCUGCCACAGACACUGCUUCCUUUACUUUCACGUUUGUGUGUGAAUUCUUCAACAGAACUCAGAAAAAAGUGUGGUUCGAAAGGCAAGUACUGGCCCAUCAUCUCCCAAAUUCCUGACCUUCAUCUAGAAUUUGAAGAACUUGAAAGCUGAAAUAGUUGAUUGAUCAAAAGGCAGUGGAACUGAAAGCAUUCAGUAUGACAGAAGACGAGGACCCACGUGUAUAUAUAUAUGUGUGUGUAUGUGUGUACGUGUGUGUGUGUGUGUGUGUGUAUACAUAUAUAUGCACCUUUUAAUUGAUGAUUAUGUAAUUUUGAACCAAGUAAUGACUAUUUUUCAACAUAUAAAGACAUUUUUUAAUUGUUACAGAA